CGGUCGUGAAAGUCGCCCCCAGUAUCACGUUUCGGGUUUUUUAUCAUUCGGCAGCGCGUACAUCACAGAUGGAGAUUUUGAGCGGAGCGGAGAGAUGGGUGCAAUCGUGAAGUUUUACGUGUUCUGGCUGUGUUUUUACCGUCUUUUCAGAGAGAACUCCGCAGAAGAACACACGAAAGUUUGGAAACCGGAUAACGACCUAUUUAAGAGGUUGAACUGGGUGGACCCCAAUUCUGAAGAAAAUUGCAGAAAAGUCGAAUUUGCGCCUAUAAACAACGGUCAGAUUUACAUAACCAAACUUGCUGCAGUCGAGUACGUGCUCCCUUUAACAGGGAAAUUAGAAUUCGCCGAAGGAGGUUCGAUGAAAGUCGUGGAUGCUGGCAGCGAUAUGAAAACGAACUGUUUGAAACUGAAGCCGCUGAUGAGCCACGAUUACUUAGAUCCGAGGAACUGGGACAGUGACGUGGCGGACAAUCCCGCUGUUCCCGAUAGGGAGAAGUUGCCCUGUAGGGAUGAUCACAUAGUAUUCCGAAGUCUGAACACUUCUUCAGUCGAUUUCGAUAGUUUAAGGGACGAUCACAUAGUAUCGCGUUUCACGGCUGGAGAUUACACUAGUUCUGACCAUGAGGUUGUGGAUGUCACACUUCUCGCUCGCCUCAUCAUCUCCGAGAGGAAGUGUCGCAAUCCAGCUGGCUGUGUUUGCAACGACGAAAGGAACUUCAUCUGUGGCCCACCGAAGAAAAGUGAAUGUAUGGACCCUGUCUUUCCUAAGGGGUUCUGCCAUCCAAUUUGUGGUGCGUUCACUGUCUUCAAACCUAAGCGAGGUUUUUCUUUGAAGAAACUCGAAGAUGCCUUGAAGGAUUACAGUGACGUAUACACUCACGUGAGCAAAAUAGACGACGAUGUUAUUCAAUUGGUUUUCGCAGAGAAGGAAUACUCUGGAGAUAGCGCGGUAUAUGCCGAAGAUUUUUAUGAAAAGUUGCAAGAAAAAUCCGAAGAGUUCAAAAUAACCGACUUGGGGAACUUGAAAAAGUCCGGAUCACGAACGACCGGCAACGCAUCUCUGUUCACUGUUCUCCUCUCGAGCUUGCUCUUCGUUUGUGGCAUUUUCGGCCUUGUUUUUUGCCUCUAUGGCGACAGGAGAUGGCUGACCAACCUCAGAUUCAGAACGCCAACCACCUUCCCUCUCACUUCUACCUACAGGGCGAGAUUCAGCAGUAGGGAAGAUGAGAGUGGUCUAAUUUUCGACACACAAUCGAUCGCAGGAUCGGUCUUGAAUUUACGUCAAUCUUUCGAUAAUCCCAUGUUUGGCGAUGCGUCAGCUGUUAAAGAAAACACAGACGAGCAGAAAAUUGAUACCGUAGAGGAAAAACCGGCAGAGAAAAACGACCCACUUUUCGAUUUGAAGAAGCUGAACGAAGAACUCCACGAGGAGAUAGGUUCGAACCUGGUGAAAGAUCUGCAGGAAUCUUUGAAUUUUAGUGCAGGUCCAGACUAUCCGCCACUCAUUGAAGUUGAAGAAAUCGAUGAGGAUUGAUAAAACGGGAAAUAAAAGUUUGAAAUUGAA